GCUGGAUCGGAAAUGACGAAGGGUACAUCCAGCUUUGGGCGGCGGCACAUCAAGACACAUGUAAUGUGUCGCCGAUGUGGCAGGCGUUCAUUUCAUGCACAGAAAAAGUUAUGUUCGUCGUGUGGUUAUCCAUAUCCCAGGAAACGAAAAUAUAAUUGGAGUGAGAAAGCAAAAAGAAGGAGGGCACAGGGAACUGGUAGAAUGAAACAUUUAAAUAAAGUUUUCAAAAGAUUCAAGAAUGGCUUUAGAGAAGGUCAACCAAAGUCCAAGAAGGUUAAAGCUCCCGAGUCUUAAACAGCUGUAAAUUAAAUAAAAAAAAAAAUAUCGAAAC